GAUGAUGAUGAUGAUGAUGAUGCUGGCCCAUGAACAGUUUUUGAGCAGUGUCAGAUUUCAGAGGCACAGUGUUUUUCUAGUUUUGGUUUAUUUUGGCAUGACAGUAGAUACUUAGCUGCAUUGGGCAAUAUGUGUACUUAUUCACAAAUAGAUAGGCAGAGCCCAGAUGGAAGUAAAACUGUGAUCACUUUCAUAGCUUCUCCAACCUUCACUGCCGUACCAUCAGAUUUAUAAUAGCCAACUGUUAUCUGAAGACUCUGCAUAGGGCCUGUUACUUUGCCAUUUUCUCAAUUCUAACUUUUUUUCAUUGAAAAGCAAUAUAGCACAUUGUUUUCUAUAAAAGAAAUACAGAAUGAGAAGAAGGGUAUGUCCCAUUCACCUGGAUGCAUGUACAUUUAGAAUAGUAUUUAGUCCUUUCCUUAGCUAGUUUUUAAAAGUCAAUAGACAAUACAGUUGUUAAUCUGUAGAAUCAACUCAAGAAUAAGGUUGUUUUGUUAUUUUUCCUUAACAAAAAGAGGCACUACUCACUAUUUUGCUAGAUCUAUUUACAGGUCCAAAUCUCUAGGCAGAUAAUGCCUCAGGCAACUAUCACUACAAAAAGACUCAUUUCUAAAGUUAUAAGAUCUUAUAUGAACUGUAAUCCUUCCACUGUAAUAGUCCUACAAUAGGCAUUCAGGUGAAAUACAACUUGCAGUCCCCUUGGGCUUUAGAGAGUGGUUACAUGGAAAUUCAAAUAGUAGCUUUAAAAGUAAAUUUCAUUCACAUGUAAGAUGACCCUACUGAUUUUUUUUCCCCUUGCUAACCAACAAUUAAACUUAAAUAGUUAAAACCACGCAAUACAUUCCUCUCCUUUGCAGAACUAGGAAGGAAAAAUAAAAAUAUUUCAUCAAAAUUUCAUGAAAAAAGGAGAAUAUAAGUUUUAAAAAACAGAAAAGAAAAAAAAAUCCCACCCAAACAUGGCACAAAUAGCAAAACUCAGAGCAAAGAAAUUCCAGCUGUUCUGCUGGGAAGACGAAAAUUUGCUUUUAUAUUUAAGUGAAACACCAAUUUUUCUCAUUUUAAUUAAUGAAGCAAUUUGAGAAGCAUUUAUAGGCUAAUGAAACUGAGUAGAACCUAUUGAACAUGAUUUUUCACAAAUCAGCUGUUAUGCUAUACAAAUCACUGUAGUAGAAACACUUGAAUGUCUACUAGGUGGCGUCUAAAGUAAUGAAAUAAGAUUUCCAGGGAAUGAUUUUUUUUAAAAAAAUCUAUCACUUGGCAGUACUUUUAUUAGGAUCAAUACAUAUAUUUUUAAAUAUGUGGAUAAACUUCCUAGUUUACUAAACCCUUUUAGCUGGCCAGAUGCUAAAGGAGGAAAUAGGAAAAAAAGUGCAAAAAAUUUGCUUACUUCAAUAGCACUAAGUCUUAACCUUAAAGAUUGGAUCUAGGUUUACACCCUGGACUAAUUGAUUUGGAUUUAGUCAUGGUUUGUUAUAUAAAUUUGCACUACAUUUAUGAAACAUGGAUUACAAGUCACAGAGGGAGAAUUCACACAAUAUAGUAAGCCAAAAUUAAACAAAAACAUAUUAUGGCUUUGUACAAUUUGGGGACUUAUGCAUCUGGAGCAAAGCACAUUGGCAUCACAUGUACUUCAAUGUAACCAUACAAAGAGUGCAAAUUGUGUAAUUUGUAUCAGUCCAAAAUUUGAGUUGCAUGAUGAUGGCAAAUGUUAUACAGCAAUUUGCAUGAUGGUCUCAUGGCAUACAUGUUAAUACUUGCUUCCCCCCAGACACAUACACAGAUGGCCGUGUUUGUGAAUCCAGUUUGAGAGCAAUUUCUCUGUGGGAUUCAAGUUUCCAUUUUUAAAAGGUUAUCGAAUAAAGACAAAGGGUCAAUCUCACCAUUGAAAACACUCAUUUUCUGAGAUUCAUUUUCAGUCUUUUGAGAAAGCACCAAUCUCUUGUUGAGCAAAGGGCAGAGGAAAAAUCUAGCAAUCUUGUAGGAGCUAUGUAGUUAGGGUUGUCCAGCCAGAAAUGGAACGCAAUGCAGUGUAACCAGAUAUAAUUCUUACACCAUAGCAGAUGCAUACAGGAUCAUAGCUUUAAGAUGAAAUCUAAACAUAUUUGCUCAGAAAUUAAGAACACUUGCAUUUUCAUAACAUGGUUGCCUCCAGAAUCUGAACUGACUUAACUCCAAAACAGUUUCAGCCAGAUUUAGUUGAACUGCCACAUGCAUUAGGACUAUUUUCUUUUGUUUGUUUGUUUUUUAAAUAUAUACAUAAAUUCAAAAUCGUCUAGCAAGGCCUGUUCCGUUUAUACUUAGGUUACACCCCAGUUACAGUAUUUAUCACAGCUAUAACACUUUUAGCACACCACAUAGAGGCUAUUAGUUUUAUUUAUUUUACGCUAGCAAACCUAGUUAAACCAAGAGAACGAUUCUGUCAAGAUUGCCCGUAGAUGUAUAUACCUGGGGUGAGGGGGAUUAUUAUUAUUAUUUUUUAAAAAAACCUUAAUUCAACAUUUCCUUCCAACCGGGCGCUUAUUUUGUAACUCUACUUGUCAGUUAAGUACUCUUUCAGCGCGGUGAUAGUUUCAGUGUUAGGCACACAAUAGGCUUUAUUUUCUCAGGUGCCCUAUAUUUCAAACUGGAACUUCCGCACCAAAAAUUAAAAAAAACCACUCAGUGCUCUUUUUGUUUGGCUUCCAUACACACACACUCCACCUGCUUCCCCCUUCUCCGAUUGCCCUGUAUUCUAAAAUACGGUACAAUUGUUGCGUCUUUUAAUGGGAAUUUUAGCGCGCUGCCGCCGUCGGCGAAGGGCAGAAUCUUUUUUCGAGUACGCUCGGAGAUCGACUAAACUUCCCUGGCCGGAGCUCAGCGCCUAGUACGGUUUGGCUCAAAGGGCAGUCGCAGUUGCCCUUAACAGGUGGUCAGAACAGGAGGCGGUUCAACAGGUGCAGCUUCGCUGCUAUGAAGUCAUGGGCCGAGCUGCACCUGUGGCGUUUCCCAGCCGAUGCUGAGGCAGCGGGGAAACUGCCUUCUAGCAAAGCUAAAGCGCUGCUUUAGGACAGAUGUUGUUGUUCAACCUCGCCUGGAGGGCUAGCCACCUCACGAGCUUGAAACCAGUCACAGGUGAGAAAGCGGGGACUCGGCCCUCGGGCCACCCGCGAUCUCAACCUUGGGAGACCGCAUGUUUGUCAACUGGUGAAGCGCUGGCUGGAAUGAAAAGCAGACCUCGCGGAAACCCGAGCGGGAUCCGGGCACCUGGCUUUUGUAUGUACGUGUCUGGCCGCCUCAAGGAAAAAGUGUGCUUGGGAUUCCUUUUCGAAUGCCGCGGAGAAAAUUAGGAAACGUAACGCCCUCCUCACAUCCUCCACUUCUUUUUUUUUUUUAAAUAAAAAAGCUCCUUCUUCUCUCUUCUUUCUUCUCUUCCCUUUCCCAACACAUAAGCAUCAAAACGCAGCCACGGCGGACAGGAAACCGGAGCUUGAAUCUUAACGCUCUUACAGCUGAGGCUGAGAGCGCGCGAGAGAGCUGGAACGUCUUCUCUUCCUGAGAGCGGGCGGCAGGAGGCGCUGGCGGCUCCGCUCUAACGGGUCUAUGAUGGGCUCCCUGUCGAAAUGAGUUCCUCAUUCCCGCGGCCGAGGCGCUAAGAAACGGAGGCGCGCCGAGCGAGCGCUUCACAGCUCCUCCUUUCGCGGCUCAGCAAAGUAACUCCGAUGGAGUAAGAGUGCAGCCGCGAUCGCACCAGCCACCAGCGCCUGGCUUGAGCUUUUGCGCCCGGAAGGGGCGGGGAGGGUGGGGGGGGAAAGAAGAUCAUCGCCUCACCGCCAGCAAAGAAGAGAAAGGGAAAAAAAAACUGUUGCCUUUCCCUUCUUUCUUUCCUUCCUUUCCCGACCAGGCAACAGGAGACUCCGGGAAGGCGAGAGGUUUCCCUCUCGGUUCUGGGCAGGGACCGCCUGAGCAAGAGACUCCUGGUAUAAAGUUAUCCAAAGUCGCGAUGGCCCCGGAGGCUGGAGCCCUCGGCUUACUGGCGGCGAUCGUCUCCUUCGUCGCGCCCUCGGCUGCCUUCCUGGGAGUAGCUCGUGGCCAGUUCUCGGCAGGAGGUUGCACCUUUGAAGAUGGCCCGGGACCCUGUGAUUAUCAUCAGGACCCCUAUGAUGAUUUUGACUGGGUACAUGUUAGUGCUCAAGAGCCUCAUUAUCUACCCCCUGAGAUGCCUCUUGGUUCCUACAUGAUAGUGGAUUCUUCACACCACAGCCACGGAGAAAAGGCUCGGCUUCAGCUUCCUACCAUGAAAGAGAACGAUACCCACUGUAUCGAUUUCAGCUACCUUUUGUACAGUAAGAAAGGGACAAGCCCUGGGACUCUGAACAUCUUGGUUAGGGUGAACAAAGGCCCUCUGGCAAACCCCAUUUGGAAUGUGACCGGCUCCACUGGCAAAGACUGGUUACGGGCGGAGCUGGCUGUCAGCACCUUUUGGCCAAAUGAAUACCAGGUAAUAUUUGAGGCUGAAGUCUCAGAUGGAAGAAAUGGCUACAUUGCCAUUGAUGACAUCCAGGUUCUGAGCUACCCUUGUGAUAAAUCUCCUCAUUUCUUGAGGCUGGGGGAUGUUGAGGUCAAUGCAGGUCAGAAUGCAACAUUUCAGUGCAUUGCUACAGGAAGGGAUGCAGUGAAGAACAAGUUAUGGCUGCAGAGACGCAAUGGAGAAGAUAUUCCAGUGGCCCAAACAAAAAACAUAAAUCACAGACGUUUUGCUGCUACCUUUAAACUUCAGGAAGUAACAAAAACAGAUCAGGAUUUAUAUCGUUGUGUUACUCAAUCUGAGAGAGGAUCUGGCGUUUCCAACUUUGCUCAACUUAUUGUUCGAGAACCUCCUAGACCAAUAGCUCCCCCACAGUUGCUUGGUGUUGGACCAACCUAUCUGCUCAUUCAGCUGAAUGCAAAUUCCAUUAUUGGGGAUGGACCAAUCAUCCUAAAAGAGGUGGAAUACCAUAUGACAACAGGGACCUGGACAGAAACACAUGCUGUCAAUGCACCAACAUAUAAGCUGUGGCAUUUAGACCCAGACACAGAGUAUGAGAUUCAUGUUCUUCUAACCAGGCCUGGAGAAGGUGGCACAGGUCAGCCAGGCCCUCCACUGAUUACCCGAACCAAAUGUGCAGAGCCUAUGAGAACACCCAAGACUUUAAAAAUUGCAGAAAUCCAGGCACGUCGUAUUGCUGUGGAUUGGGAAUCCCUGGGUUACAACAUCACUCGCUGCCAUACCUUCAAUGUUACCAUCUGCUACCAUUAUUUCCAUGGCCAUAAUGAAAGCAAGGCUGACUGCUUGGACAUGGAUCCCAAAGCACCACAGCAUGUUGUGAAUCACCUGCCUCCUUACACAAAUGUGAGCCUCAAAAUGAUUUUGACAAACCCCGAAGGGCGGAAAGAGAGCGAGGAGACCAUUAUUCAGACAGACGAAGAUGUGCCUGGUCCCGUACCUACAAAAUCAUUAAAAGGAACUCCCUUUGAAGACAAGAUCUUCUUAAAUUGGAAAGAACCAAUGGACCCAAAUGGUAUCAUCACCCAAUAUGAGGUCAGUUACACUAGCAUACGAUCCUUUGAUCCUGCAGUUCCAGUUGCUGGGCCCCCUCAAACUGUGUCAAAAUUAUGGAACAGUACACACCAUGUUUUUCCCUAUCUACAUCCUGGGACUACCUAUCAGUUUUAUAUAAGGGCGAGCACUGUCAAAGGUUUUGGACCAGCUACAGCCAUCAAUGUAACUACCAAUAUUUCAGCUCCCACAUUACCAGAUUAUGAAGGUAUUGAUGCUUUUCUCAAUGAAACAGCCACAACCAUAACUGUACUCCUGAGACCAGCACAAGCCAAAGGAGCGCCUAUCAGCGCCUAUCAGAUUGUUGUUGAAGAGCUACAUCCUCAUCGGACCAAACGAGAAACCGGCGCAAUGGAUUGCUACCAGAUUCCUGUCACAUAUCAAAAUUCCCUGAACAAUGGCUCGCCCUAUUAUUUUGCUGCAGAAUUGCCUCCUGGCAAUCUUCCAGAAGCAGCAGCUUUCACAGUUGGUGACAAUAGAACUUACCAAGGCUUCUGGAACCCACCUUUGGUGCCUCGGAAAGGGUAUAAUAUCUAUUUUCAAGCCAUGAGCAGUGUUGAAAAGGAGACCAAAACUCAGUGUGUUCGAAUUGCUACUAAAGCAGCUGCAACAGAAGAACCAGAGGUUAUUCCUGACCCUGCCAAGCAGACUGACCGUGUAGUGAAAAUAGCAGGAAUAAGUGCUGGAAUCCUUGUCUUUAUUCUCAUCCUCCUCCUUGUCAUAUUAAUUGUCAAAAAAAGUAAACUGGCUAAGAAACGCAAAGAUGCCAUGGGAAACACUAGGCAAGAAAUGACCCAUAUGGUGAAUGCCAUGGAUCGGAGUUAUGCUGAUCAAAGCACAAUCCAUGCAGAAGAUCCACUUUCAGUCACCUUUAUGGAUUCUCAUAACUUCAACCCCAGAUUGCCCAAUGAUCCACUUGUGCCGACUGCUGUGUUAGAUGAAAACCACACUGCAACGGCAGAGUCAAGUCGUCUAUUAGAUGUGCCUCGUUAUCUCUGCGAAGGAACAGAAUCCCCCUACCAAACUGGCCAACUGCAUCCUGCUAUCAGAGUAGCGGAUUUGCUGCAGCAUAUUAAUCUCAUGAAAACAUCUGACAGCUAUGGUUUCAAAGAAGAGUACGAGAGUUUCUUUGAAGGACAAUCAGCUUCAUGGGAUGUGGCCAAAAAGGAUCAAAACAGAACGAAGAAUAGAUAUGGGAACAUUAUAGCAUAUGAUCACUCCAGGGUGAUAUUGCAACCUGUGGAAGAUGAUCCUUCUUCAGACUACAUUAAUGCUAAUUAUAUUGAUGGAUACCAGAGACCAAGUCACUACAUUGCAACCCAAGGUCCAGUGCAUGAGACAGUCUAUGAUUUCUGGAGAAUGAUAUGGCAAGAACAAUCAGCCUGCAUUGUUAUGGUCACAAAUUUAGUUGAAGUGGGUCGGGUUAAGUGCUACAAGUAUUGGCCUGAUGACACGGAAGUUUAUGGGGACUUCAAAGUUGCUUGUGUGGAAGUGGAACCACUUGCAGAAUACGUUGUCAGGACAUUCACCCUUGAAAGGAGAGGUUACAAUGAAAUCCGUGAAGUUAAACAGUUCCAUUUUACCGGCUGGCCUGAUCAUGGAGUACCUUACAAUGCAACAGGCCUUCUUUCAUUUAUACGCCGUGUAAAACAAUCUAAUCCUCCAAGUGCUGGGCCUAUUGUUGUGCAUUGCAGUGCUGGAGCUGGGCGAACCGGAUGCUAUAUUGUAAUUGACAUCAUGUUAGACAUGGCAGAAAGAGAAGGUGUUGUAGACAUCUACAACUGUGUCAAAGCCUUACGUUCACGGCGCAUCAAUAUGGUACAGACAGAGGAACAGUAUAUCUUUAUUCAUGAUGCCAUCCUGGAAGCCUGCUUAUGCGGAGAAACUGCCAUCCCAGUCUGUGAAUUUAAAGCUGCAUAUUUUGACAUGAUUCGAAUAGACUCUCAGACAAACUCUUCACAUCUUAAAGAUGAAUUCCAGACCCUGAAUUCUGUGACUCCUCGGCUGCAAGCCGAAGACUGCAGCAUAGCAUGCUUGCCAAGAAAUCAUGACAAAAACCGCUUUAUGGAUAUGCUGCCACCUGACAGAUGUCUGCCUUUCUUAAUUACUAUUGAUGGUGAGAGCAGCAAUUACAUCAAUGCUGCCCUUAUGGAUAGCUACAGACAACCAGCUGCUUUCAUUGUCACACAGCAUCCUCUGCCAAACACUGUGAAAGAUUUCUGGAGACUAGUCUAUGAUUAUGGCUGUACCUCUCUCGUGAUGUUAAAUGAAGUUGAUUUAGCGCAAGGUUGCCCACAAUAUUGGCCAGAGGAAGGAAUGCUGAGAUAUGGUCCUAUUCAGGUUGAGUGCAUGUCCUGCUCAAUGGAGUGUGAUGUAAUCAACAGAAUUUUCAGGAUAUGCAAUUUAACAAGGCCUCAGGAAGGUUACCUGAUGGUUCAGCAAUUCCAGUAUCUGAGUUGGGCACCUCAUAGGGAUGUCCCAGGCUCCAAGAGGUCAUUCCUAAACUUAAUUCUUCAAGUGGAAAAGUGGCAAGAAGAAUGUGAAGAAGGGGAAGGGAGAACCAUAAUUCAUUGUCUGAACGGCGGUGGACGAAGUGGGAUGUUUUGUGCUAUAGGCAUUGUAGUGGAAAUGGUUAAAAGGCAAAAUGUCAUUGAUGUUUUCCAUGCAGUAAAAACUUUACGGAACAGUAAGCCUAACAUGGUAGAAACCCCGGAACAAUAUCGUUUCUGCUAUGAUGUUGCAUUGGAGUACCUUGAAUCAUCUUAAUAUGAAAUGAUAAAUACAAUCAAGUGAACCAAAUAAUAUGAAAUUUAAUAAACUGUGUUUUGGCAUCCGCUGUUGAACCGAUGAAGAAGUGUUUUAGUGAAAGGGAGACUUAAUUUUUAAAUGCAAAAGUAUUUUUCUUAAUAAAUGGUGUAAAGUAUAUAUAUACA